CCUCGGUCGCCCUUUCUCUCUCCCUCUCCCUCUCUCUCUCUCCUUGUCCUGUACCGUUGUUGUAAAUCCAUGGCCAAGGCCAAAGCUCCGAGGCGCCCCCUCGACUCCUACACAGUCAAAUCCAUCAACAAAACCAUCCGAGCCGGCGACUGCGUCCUGAUGCGGCCGUCGGACCCCUCGAAGCCCUCCUACGUCGCUAGGAUCGAGCGGAUCGAGUCGGACGGCCGGGGGGCCAACGUGAAGGUGCACGUGCGGUGGUACUACCGGCCGGAGGAGUCGAUCGGGGGGCGGCGGCAGUUCCAUGGCUCCAAGGAGGUGUUCCUCUCCGAUCACUUCGACAUACAGAGCGCCGACACGAUCGAGGGCAAGUGCACGGUGCACUCCUUCAAGAGCUACACCAAGCUCGACGCCGUCGGGAACGAGGACUUCUUUUGCCGUUUCGAGUAUAAUUCAUCUACCGGGUCGUUUAAUCCCGACAGAGUAGCCGUGUAUUGCAAGUGCGAAAUGCCUUAUAAUCCCGAUGAUCUAAUGGUUCAGUGUGAGGGCUGUACUGAUUGGUUUCAUCCUACUUGUAUAGACAUGUCGGUAGACGAAGCCAAAAGACUUGACCACUUCUACUGUGAAAGCUGCUCAGCAGAAGGAAAGAAGCUGCAAAAUUCUCACUCUGCUUCCAGGCUUGUGGCAGAUACAAAGGUGGAUACGAAACGUCGGCGGAGGUGACGACUGUAUAAAAUGGGUAGAUGUCUGCUAAAUUUGGAUUCUAAAGUACCUCAUGACAGAAUCUGCCGUUUUAGUUUGGAGCCUGUAGGAGGAUAAACUGGUGUGAAAAUCUGUGGUCUGUCCUUUGGUUUGAUUGGGAGUCAACCCUGUUUUGCUUAGGUCGAGAAAACGUGUUAAUCAUCUGUGAUUAUGUAGAUACCCUUUCUUCUGGUUUUCUUGUUUAUAUCUCACCUCGUAGCUCAUGUAUUAUUCUGACAAGUAAACUUAUCUCCGUGUAAGAGCGAUAGAUACAUCUGGGUUAUAGAGGUAAUUGAUCCCUCCAAAGUUUGAGUCA